AAUUUCCAUAAUUCUGUAAUACCAAAAGUAUUGAGUAUAUAUAUAUAUAUAUAUAGAAGUGUAUAUUCUAAGGCUUAAUCAGUCACCGGUUAAGAAACAUACCUUAAACAAUGAAGAUUCUUAUCAGCACUUUUUUUCUCACCAUUGUGAUUUUUCUUAACUUUAGUGAAUUGAAUGCUGAGGAAAAUGACACUUUAAAUUUGAAACGCAAACGAGGGCGGCCGGCUGGUCAACUGAGCAGGCGCGUGGACGGACACAUUAUAGGAAAAUUUCGAAUUAAUCCUAAUUAUCGCAAGCCUAUUUAUGUAAAAGAGAAGUCAGAUGACUUUCUCGACUAUAUGGGCCAUAAAAUUGAGGUCUGGCUUGACGAUUCUAAAACAAGAAUAUUGAAAGCUAACUAUCCGGAAAAUCAUCGUCCUACUGGCCGAGAUUAUGCAACGACAACAUUUCUAGUACGUCUUGGCACAAUUAGCGGAAGCCUAAAAAUAGUGGAAUAUAUAAAGCCAGAUGGAACACUUAUUGGAGUCAGAGCGCCGAGACCAACUACUGCAAACGUUAUGGAACCUAAUAGUAGACAAUGUUUUAUUGUUUAUUAUGGCAAAUACUUCAGGGUAACGUAUGAUCCGCCAAGUAUCACCCUCGCAAAUGAAGAGGAAGCUGACAAUGUUUCUAGUCGUAAAGGCGAAAUAGUUAACUUUGAUGGCUUCGAAUUUCUUGUCCUUAGAGGAAUACCGCCGAAGGAAGAAGUUACGGGAGCUCAGCUUAUCGGCAGCCCAACUAUACUUUUAGAUCAUAAUAUCAUUACUAGUAAUAGCAUGAAGAUUAAUCUAAACGCGAUACAAACAAAAAAUAUAUGAGCAUUGUGUAAAAUUUUUUUAAUGUAUAAUCCCGAAUAAAAGCAUAGUAAACUAAAAAUUACUUUUAUAACACAAACGCAUAGAUAUGGCAACUUAAGUGGUGUUUUAACGCAAUAUAGGUGUACAGGCCGCAUGAUCUAUGAUACUAGAUAUUAUUUUUAGAAUUCAGCUGAAAGUAUAUAAUAUUGCAGAUGUAGGGAAAAUAUCCGGCAAUGCGUGGUUGAAAAAUGAACUCCGUAGACAUAUUUACAAGAAGAAGCAAGCAUAUUUAAAAAUUUAAAUAUCGCAGGUCUUCGCAAUGACGAGAAAAUCAUAAUAUAAAAUGAUUAUAGGGACAACAAAACAAAAAUACAACUAACAUUUAUCGAAAGUAAGAGAAAAGGCAGAUAAAUAUAAAACAGUGCAGAAUUAUUUUCAAGGAAACAAGAUACAAUUAUGAAAAUUAAUUGUAUUAUUAUUACUGUGUUUUUGUUUUC